AUGUUCUCACGCGGCAAACAGUUCUCAGACAAGAAGGGCACCUUCAAUCCCUAUGACACCAGCCGCGUCAAGCACACUCGUCUGGGAGUAUGGGACUUGUACGAGGAGCAGGAGCCGAAGCUGGCCAAGGUUCCAGGCACGUCCAGAUUCGAGCAGUACAUGGACCUCAUCGAAUGUAUGCCGUACGUGUGGAGGAUGGUGAAGGACGUGCUCGGUAUCCCCUCGUGCGCGUUCUUGUUCGCUGUGCAUGUUGCGUGCCAGUUCGCAAGGGCGAUGAUGGCUACUCUGGGAACAUGGUGCGUCACUUACACUGGAUCAUGCUCCGCCAUCAUGCAACAAGCCAUCGAUACCCGCACAGUCAACACAGACGACCUGCUUCAUAUUUGCGUGGGGCGCAUCGCCUGCGGCGUCGGGAACCUCCUCUGCUCAGCCUUAGAGGGUCGCAUCCGGUGGCCUUUGACGACUCGCAUUCGUCGCUACUACGACGUCCGCCUUUUUCGCGCCCGCGCCCGACUGGACCUACCCACCAUUGAAACUACAAGAAUUCAGCGACAGCUGGACGACGCGUCUUCUACCGUGUUUGGUCAUUCAGUCGCACACAGCACCCUUGCGAUGGGCGUGGGGGUUGCCAUAUCUGUCUUUCAACUGGUUGCGCAAGUCAUUGUCCUGCUGCAGCUCCUGCGCCAUCAUCGGGACGGGAUACUGCUCGCCGCCCUCUCCCUCUCGUUGGAGUUGAUCGGAUGGUUGCCAGGGGUGACCGCAUACUUCCCUGGCCGAGUCUGGGCGGCGACCACGUCCAAUGAAGACUACGUCAAAAUGGAAGGCUGGAGGCGCGUGAUAAAUGACAUCUCAUAUCGAAAGGAAAUUGUCACAGGCAACUUGGGAGAGUAUGCGUCCAACGAACACGUCAAAGCGUCCGAUCGUGUUGGUGAUGACCAAGGCGACCUUUCAACCUGGAGGCGGGAACGCGCGAUGUGGCACAAUACAUCACCUAGCUGGCAUUUUGUGCGCGUGUUUCUGACGCAGGCCCCUCAGAUUGUGUUUACGCUCAGGGUCAUGCAGUAUCCCGCCAGCAUGCCAGUCUCUCUUGCGAGCCUGCAUUUGAUCAACAACGCCACGAGUUCGUUCGGUCACCGGUUAUACGAAGUGCUCAUAAAUUCGAAGUCGAUGGGCGAACAGUUCUCCUCCGUGCGCAAGAUGUACGAGGCAGAUAACAUUAUCAACAAGGUAGCAGAUGGUACUAUUCCGUUCCCUGAGGACUCAUUGAGUAUACGGUAUGGGAUUGCUCUCGAGUUCAAGAACGUGUCGUUCAAAUACCCCGACGCGGACAAAUACGCACUGCGAAACAUCUCCUUCAAGCUCCUACCAGGACAACUUUGUGUGAUCGUUGGCGUUAACGGCUCCGGCAAGAGCACCAUCUUGAAGCUCGUCACUCGCCUCUACGAGCCGGAACAGGGCCAGAUACUCUUCGGCGGGCACGACAUCCGCACGCUCAAGCUCUUCGACCUCCGCCAAGCGGUCUCAGUCCUCUUCCAGGACUACACCCACUUCCCGUUGUCUAUCAGAGACAACAUCGGGAUCGGCGACCCCGACGCAGCGCAGAACGAGGCGCACAUUCGGCUCGCGGCCCGCCUCGGCGGUGCGGAGGAGUUUAUCAAGGCGCUCCCCGAGGGCUUCGACACGUACCUCGACCGGCCUGUUCGGGACCAAUACUCUGAUCUGCCCGAGGGCACAAAGACGCUCUUCGGGCGCGAGAUCAGCUACACCGCCGUCCGCGAUGCGGGCGGCAUGAAGGGCGGCGGGACGUCACACCUGAGCGGGGGGCAGAUGCAGAGACUCGCGGUCGCGAGGACGUUCAUGCGUUCAAUCGUGUCCGAGGACAGCAAGGUUGGGCUAUUGUUGUUUGACGAGCCUAGCGCGGCGCUCGAUCCUGUUGCUGAACACGACCUCUUCGAGCGGCUCCGCGAGCUGCGCGGGAACAAGACCAUGGUCUUCUCAUCGCACCGCUUUGGGAAUCUCACGCGCUAUGCGGACCUCAUUUUGUAUAUGAACGACUCCGUGGUCGUGGAGGCCGGCUCGCACGAAGAACUGCUCAAGCGAGAGGGUGAGUAUGCGAAGAUAUGGAACUUGCAAGCGAAGGCUUUCUUGUAG